AUGGCUAACGAAGAAGACGUUGGCAGCAAGGCCGUGAAGCGGUAUGAAGGUCUAAUCACGUUACGAACUAAGUCGAUCGAGGGAAAGGGAGGAGCUUGGUAUUGGACAUAUUUCGAACCCAUUUUAACUCAAAAUCCAGAAACCAACCAACCAAAAGCUGCUAUGCUCAAAUGUACAUUGUGCGCUUCCACCUUUUCUGCAUCCAACCCUUCUAGAACAGCCAAUGAACAUCUCAAGAAAGGAACUUGUCCCAAUUUCAACUCUCCUUUUUCUCAGAAUCAUCAUCAUCAUCAUCAUCGAAGGAGAAGCUUCACUCCUUCUUCUUCUUCCUCUGUUUUAUACCCAUUGCAGUCGCAGAGGAACUUGCUUUUAUCAGGCGGGAAAGACGAUUUCUCUGCUCUCGCAAUGUUAGAAGAUAGUGUUAAGAAGCUUAAACGACCAAAGCCCAUACCUGCUCCAUCUUUGACUCUCCUGCAAGUACAUUCCGCCAUUGAUACACUCUCCCACUGGUUCUACGAAUCUUACGGCUCAGUUUCAAUUUCAGCUCUCCAACACCCAAAAUUCAAGGCUUUCCUCAAUCAAGUCGGCUUGAUCGCUGUUACCCAGAAAGAUAUUCUUGGUUCGAGAUUAGAAUCGAGAUUUAGAAACGUAAAGAUGGAAUCCGAAUCAAGAAUAAACGAGUCACCGUUCUUCCAGGUCGCGUCCGACGGGUGGAAAAUCAAGAAUCGCGAAACCCAGAAACUAGUUAGAUUCUUCAUCAAUCUUCCAAACGGAUCGAGCGUCUUUCACAAAACCUGUUUCGUCGCGAAAACCGUCCCUUCCGAAUACGCAGAAGAGAUUUUACGAGACUCUUUAACAAAAACAGGUAAUGACAAUAUUGUUCAUAGAUGUGUAGGCAUAGUUACAGAUAAGUACAAGAUGAGCGCUUUAAGAAAUUUGGAAAUUGAAUACCCAUGGAUGGUUAAUUUAUCUUGCCAGAUUCAAGCUUUCAUUAGUCUCAUCAAAGAUUUCAUAACCCAUCUUCCAAUUUUCAAAUCCGUCGUUGAUAACUGUUCUAAACUAACGAACAAUAGAUUCCAUAACGACGUCGAAUUUUUCAUCCCAAUGCUGGACGACGUUCAUAAAUCGACGAUCCCUGUUGAGGAUGCGGGAUUUCGCAACAAUUUGGAAGCCGUCCGAUCGUUAACAAAGAUGAUGAAAGGAAUGGCAGACGAAAUCCGUUUGGAAAGGCCGUUGGUUUCACAAUGCCUUCCUUUAUGGGAUGAAUUGCGGGGAAAGGUUAAGGAAUGGUGUGCGAAAUUCAACGUGGAUUUAAAUGAAGUCGAGACAAUUCUAGAGAGGCGGUUUGAUAAAAACUACCAUCCUGCAUGGUCAGCUGCUUUCAUUCUUGAUCCUCGAUAUUUAUUGAGAGAUGAAAAUGGAAAAUACGUUCCGCCUUACCAAUACUUGACGGUUGAACAAGAGAAGGAUGUGGAGAGGGUGAUCACGAGUAGAUUAGUUUCGAAAGAAGAGAUUCCGAUAGCUUUAAUGGAGUUAAAGAGAUGGAGGAUUGAAGGAUUGGAUCCGUUGUAUGCGAAAGCCGUGCAAGUUAAAGAGAAGGAUACGAGGACAGGUAAGAUGAAGAUGGCGAAUCCUAGUAGUAGUAGAUUGGUUUGGGAGACUUGUUUGAAAGAUUUGGAAACGAUUGGGAAAGUGGCGGUUAAGCUUUUGUUUCUUCAUGGAACCGCCUCUUGUGGGUUUAAUAAGGUUGAUUGGGGGUCGUUAAGGGUUUGUGAAGUUGGUUUGGAAAGUGUUGAGAAAAUGGUAUUUAUUGCGACUCAAGCUAAGCUUGAAAGACGAGAUUUUUCGAGUGAUGAACAAGGGAAAGACACUCCCUAG